GCGCGAGGCCCGGGGCGGGGCGCGAUGGCGGAGCCCGGGUGAGGCGCGGUUUACUGUCCAAAAGGAUUUUGACCUUGCUUAAAAAGAUGCCUGCUGCCUGUGAGUCAGUGCUUGAGGAUAUCGAAGACAUCGUGUCAGCAGAAGAUUUGAAGCCACACGAUCGACAGUUUGUGAGAAGGAAUAUUUUUCCCAAAGUGCGAAAACGCAACUCCCAGAAAAACAUUCAGACAGAUGAUGAGCCCCCAAGUGACAGCAUUAUUCCUGGUGUUCAGAAAAUCUGGAUUCGUACAUGGGGAUGUUCUCACAAUAAUUCAGAUGGUGAAUAUAUGGCUGGACAGCUGGCUGCAUAUGGAUACACAAUUACAGACAACUCUGCUGAAGCAGAUUUAUGGUUGCUGAACAGUUGUACAGUAAAAAAUCCUGCUGAGGACCAUUUCAGAAACUCAAUCAAGAAAGCCCAAGAAGGGAAGAAGAAAGUUGUUCUAGCAGGUUGUGUACCACAAGCCCAACCUCGCCAGGAGUACCUGAAAGGCUUGAGUAUUAUAGGGGUUCAGCAGAUAGAUCGUGUAGUAGAAGUUGUGGAGGAAACUAUAAAAGGUCAUUCUGUGAGACUACUGGGUCAGAAAAAGGAUAAUGGAAAACGUUUGGGGGGAGCACGACUGGAUUUGCCAAAGAUUAGGAAGAAUCCACUUAUAGAAAUAAUUUCCAUCAAUACAGGGUGUCUCAAUGCAUGUACCUACUGUAAAACAAAGCAUGCCAGAGGAGAUCUAGCAAGUUAUCCUAUUGAAGAACUGGUGGACAGAGCCAAGCAGUCUUUUCAAGAGGGUGUUUGUGAGAUAUGGCUGACCAGUGAAGACACAGGGGCUUAUGGCAGAGACAUUGGCACAGACCUCCCCACGCUUCUGUGGAAGCUGGUUGAAGUUAUUCCUGAGGGAGCUAUGCUGAGGCUUGGCAUGACAAACCCUCCCUAUAUUUUAGAGCAUCUGGAGGAAAUGGCCAAGAUUCUCAAUCAUCCAAGAGUAUAUGCUUUUCUGCACAUACCAGUCCAGUCAGCCUCUGACAGUGUGCUCAUGGACAUGAAAAGAGAAUACUGUGUGGCAGACUUCAAACAAGUAGUGGAUUUCCUUAAAGAAAAAGUGCCUGGAAUAACAAUUGCUACAGACAUCAUUUGUGGUUUUCCAGGAGAGACAGAUGAAGAUUUUCAAGAAACUAUGAAACUUGUAGAACUGUAUAGGUUUCCAAGCUUGUUUAUUAAUCAAUUCUACCCACGUCCAGGAACCCCAGCUGCAAAAAUGCCUCAAGUUCCAGCUGCAGUGAAAAAACAGAGAACGAAGGAUCUGUCCCAGCUAUUUCAUUCAUACAGUCCAUAUGAUCAUAAGGUUGGUGAGAGGCAGAGAGUUCUGGUAACAGAAGAAUCCUUUGACUCCAAUUACUAUGUUGCUCACAAUCCUUUCUAUGAGCAGGUUCUUGUGCCAAAGGAUCCUCUGUUGAUGGGUAAGAUGGUAGAAGUGAAUAUUUAUGAAGCUGGGAAACAUUUUAUGAAGGGGCAGCCAGUAUCAGAUGCCAGAAUUCAUACUGCAUCCAUCAGCAGACCGUUAGCAAAAGGAGAAGUUUCUGGUUUAACAGAGGAGUUCAGACGUUCAGUGCAGAACGGCACAAACUGGAAAGCACAGCCUUCUGUUGAGAUCCCAGUGAAAACACGGCUCAGCUCCUGGAUGGCUUUGCAGCUGCCAUGGCAACAAGAGGGAGGUGGAGUGAAGAUCCUGUCUGUCAGCCUGGCUCUGCUGGCAGUUCUUGUUAUGUUUUACUAUGGAGGAAUGAAAACAGAACUGUGAACUGAAUGGGGCUUUUAUUAAAACAAUAAAACUGCUGUUCAAAGUCUUCAAAGGAAUCAUUUUUACCAACAAAUCUUUUUUUCCUUUCUUUCUUUCUUUUUUUUUUAUUAGGAAAAAACAAGCUAAUAUAAAUUGGGCAAUAAUUGGUACUCACUCUAUGCCUUUUCUGUCAUUCAAAGCAGAGAAGGUUAAUAAGCUGUGGGAAGGCCUAUCUUGUCAAAACCUGAGAUCCUUGGUUGGUAGAACAUUGGUAGAUCCUUGGUUGGUAGUUUGUUGCAUCUUUCCUUUUCUUUUUUUCCUAAAAUGAUGCAAUGUUUGCAUUACAUACUUAUUGUAAAUGCAGGCAAACCCGAUUGGGAAGAAAUGAUGAUGUCUGACUCAGUUCAGAAGGCUGAAUGAUUUCUUUAUAUAACUAUGCUGUAAUACAUUAAUAUAAAGGAAGAUACUAAAACUACAUACUACUUUCUCUAACUACCAAAUCUAACUCACAACUCAUGACCCUGUUCGCAAGAGUCCAGACACAGAUGGAUCUGAUUUGCCAUCAGGUUCAUACAAUCUCACCAGAAUCCAAUCAAGCAAUCACCCCAGGUAAACAAUUCUCCAAGCACAUUCCACAUGAGAAAAACAAGGAGCAGAAAUAGAAAUAAGUUUGUAAGGAAUCUUUCCAUUGAGUGAUAUUGGUCAUCUUUUAUGAGUAGAUUAUUUAAAGCUUUCCUAAAGAUUGUGCUUGACGCACUGUGAUCAUUUGAUAUCUGUCUUUUUACAUUAGAAUGAACGCUGCAAGGCCAUUAAAGUUUGUUAUUUGUUGCUAUUUAUUUUGCUGUCAUGUCUGAAAGAAUUUUUGCCUGCCAUCUUGCAUCUCUCAACUUCUCAACAAGUUAUUAGUCUUUAUUAAUAUAAGAAGAAAUAUUUUUUUACAUAGAAAUAGUUCUGAAGGUGUUUAAUUGAUUAGGAAAAUGUUGUUUGGGCGAUAGAGUUCUGUUAAAAGAUGGAUUUAAUACAGUCUGUAGAUUUUAUACAAUGCUUAGAGAACUACCUGGGAAUGUCUUAGUUUUGUGUUGGUUCAGUAAAACAAUUAUUACUCUGUUAGUUGGGGCAGUUGCAUUUUACACAAUGGAAAUUCCUAAUUACUUUAUUCAAACCAUUUUGUCAUGAGAGGCUCUCCACACAUCCUGUGAAGCGUGUUGGUGAGCCAGGGAUUGGACUGUGUGCCCAGGUCUUCCAUCACUUGACCACAUCAUAUUGUAGAAUUGCUCAUGCCUUGUCACCUUUCUGAAUCUUCAUCCAAUCUUCCACUUGCAGAGACUGUUUAAAAUCAUAACACAGGCACUGCUGAGGGUUUUCUUAAUGUUUGUGUCAUAUCCAGAUGGAGCUGAGCUGUCUUACAUGGCUGUUGUGGUUUAACCCCAGUGGGCAGCUGAGAUGCUUGCUCAGCCCCCUGCAGUGGGGGCAAGAAUCAGAAGAGUGAAAGUGAUAAAACUUAGGGGUUGAGGUAAAGACACUGAAAUAGGUAAAGCAAAAGCUGCACACAAGCAAAGCAAACCAAGGAAAUAAAUCAUUAAUUACUUUGACAGGCAGGUGCUCAGCCAUUCCCAGAAAUGCAGAAGAGGCCUUGACUCUGUGCGAGCUCUCCAAAACAUAGCCCCAAACCAGUUGCAGUGAAGAAAAUUAACUCUAGCCCAGUCAAAACCAGUACAUUAUCUCUACAGUGCAGAGGAAUAAUCCCCCAGUAAGAGUGCUUUGUACCUUAUAAAUUGGGGAUUUGUAAUAGUUACACACAAUUAACCAGGAAGCUCCACCACAACGCUUUUAGCACAGCCUGUAAAUUAUAACAACAGAUGUAACUGUCUUCAGGAAAUCAGGUGUGUGAUCACUCAGAUUUUAUAUUUCUUACAGCAACCACUGAAAGUCAUAAGCCAAGACUCAAAAUCUGUGAAUUUUAAAAGAAAAAUAACCAUACCCAUAAUUUGCUUCUGUUUGUUGGCAUGCUUUUUUUGUCAAGAUUUUCUGUACAACAAGGAAUAUAUAACAAUCAGUAAUUUACUUUUUUAACAAAUUGAAAAAUUCUCAAAAAACCGCAUCAACAGGACUCUGGGAGUUGAAAUUUUCAGGAAAGUACCACAGAUUGCUAGAUUCUCAGGAAAACUGUGGAUUGGCAAAAUCAUAUUCGAGCCAAACUUUCACAUGUGAUGGGAGUAAUCUAUGCAGAUAUGUUGUGUGUCUCUAGCAUUAUCUCUGUCAGCCACUCUAGCUUAUCUAAUCGUGGCAAUUACAGACUCAUUGCAUCAGCUAUUACAGAGAUUUACGAAGCUUGUGAUUUAGAUUCUCUGCAUCGUUGACUUUAAUGGGACCAGCUUAUUUUCUUAGAAAUAGUGCAAUAUACUGAAAGAGGCCAAAGAAGACUUUGUAAAUGACAUUGCCUGCAGUAUAUUCUUAAACUGAGCUUUAGUCUGAUAAGUAGGAAGUGGUGUUUAUCAGUAUUUUGUUGCUUUCCUUUAGAUUUUGAGAGAGGUUUUUGACACUUCGUGUUGUAAAGCAGCAUUGUGUUUGUCAUUGUUCUGUUUCUGUGUUCUGUUUAUGUACAAAUAAAGCUUCCAAAGCUGCUGAGCUGAGCAAA